UUUCCAGCCCCUCUCUCUCUCUCUCUCUCUCACCCUGCUGGCUUGGUUCUUCCAGCCCCUUCGCCAUGGCUUCCUCCACCACUGCUCUCCCGAUCUUUUCGGAAGGAGAAAACUGCACGCCUUCAUGGAAAGAAGCCACCGCCGGCUACAAUCCCACGGACACCCACUUGGAGAUCCUGGGGAAACCGGUGAUGGAGCGUUGGGAGACCCCCUACAUGCAUUCCCUCGCCACGGUGGCCGCCUCGAAAGGGGGCCGUGUGCUGGAGGUGGGUUUUGGCAUGGCCAUUGCCGCCACCAAAAUCGAAGAAUUUGACAUCCAAGAGCAUUGGAUCGUGGAGUGCAACGACGGAGUUUUCCAGCGACUGCUGGAAUGGGCCAAGGUGCAGCCUCACAAGGUCGUCCCCUUGAAAGGGUUGUGGGAAGACGUUGUCCCGACUCUGCCCAGUGAACACUUUGACGGGAUCCUCUACGACACGUACCCGCUGUCGGCAGAUACUUGGCACACACACCAAUUCGGCUUCAUCAAGAGCCAUGCCUAUCGCCUCCUGAAACCCGGCGGAGUCCUCACCUAUUGUAACCUGACCUCUUGGGGCGACCUACUCAAGAGCAAGUAUUCUGACAUCGAGACAAUGUUUCAGGAAUCGCAAGUCGCGCACCUGGUGGAAGCCGGCUUCAAGAAAGAGAACAUCCGCACCUCCGUUAUGGAUCUCGUCCCCCCGCUUGACUGCAGAUACUAUUCCUUCCCCAAGAUGAUCACCCCUGCCCUUGUCAAAUAGACGGCAGCCCCGUGCCCGGACGAGGAACAGCAGAAGAGAAACCAGUGUCGGCGAACAAGCAGCCGAGAGGCAGUGGGGGCAGAGAGAUCGCGUUCUCUCUUCAGGAGACAGGGACCUUAGUGUAUAGCGGAGCCCUCGGGGCCCGGACAGAGCUGCGAUUUGAUCAAGAGAAUUUGUUCAUAGUACCCUU